AUGUCAAAUAAAGAAGUUAAAGAUUCAAAUUAUUACAUCGAUUGGUUAGAAAAAUCAAUUGCAAAUGAAUAUUUAAGUUAUUAUGAAUAUUCAGAAUUCAAAAAUAUUAAACAAAUAGGAAAUGGUUCAUUUGGAAGUGUCUCUCGUGCUAAUUGGAAAAAUACUGAUACAAUUUUAGUUUUAAAAUCUUUUAAUAAUUCAAAUCCGACUCUUAAAGAAAUUGUCAAUGAGUUAAAAUUACAUCGGGAUGUUCAUUUUAAUGCGAACAUAAUAAAAUUUUAUGGAAUCACAAAAACGGAAACUGAAAAUUAUGCUUUAGUUUUGGAAUAUGCUGAUAAUGCUACAUUAAAAACAUAUCUAAACGAAAAUUUUAAUGAACUUGAAUGGAAAGAUAAAUUUUGUUUAGCAUUACAAUUAACAGAUGCUAUAUUAUGUUUACAUGAACGUGAUAUCAUUCAUCGUGAUUUGCAUCCAAAUAAUGUACUUGUACAUCAGAAAAGUAUUAAGUUGGCAGACUUCGGCUUAUCAAAAAAAAUUGCUGAAGCAUCAGGUAGUAGAUCAAAUAUAUUCGGUGUACUACCUUAUAUAGAUCCGAAAACUUUUAAUAAUGAUUAUAGAUUAAAUGAAAAAUCCGAUAUAUAUAGUAUUGGAGUUAUUAUGUGGCAAAUUUCAAGUGGUCGUCAACCAUUUGAAAAUUUGGAACAUGACAAUGUUGGAAAUAUGAACCAAAUGAACGUCCAAAUAUACAUGAACUUUUUUCUUCCCUUAAAUUAA